UUUCGCUUCAAAAAUGCAUUCCGCUGGUAAAGGAAUCUCCUACUAUUAUCGCUUGUUUAUGAUAAUAGGUCUCGCCCAAAAUACCAUCGAACAGAGCAGCAAUAUUCUACAAGAAUCGACGUAGCUUUCCUUAAGGCUUCGACUCUUAGCGAGCUACGUAAGAGAAGAUUUGCUCGGGCGUGCUGUGGAAUCCGGUCAUUCAGCGCUGGAAUUAGAGAAAUCGAAGUUCCAAAUGAUCUUCUAAAUUAGCAAAAUCUUCUAAAUGUUCUAAAUGAGCCUGAUAUAUCGAAAAUCGUUACUUUAGGAGGAAAUAUUGUUUGUGAGAAUAUGGCAGCCCUAAGGAGUGAUUCUCCCAUGAUGGAUGAUGGAUAUCCUCAGCCAUCACUUUUACCUGGAGAAAUUGUUGUUGCUAAGGCUAUCAAUGUGCUCCGAUUUCAAACAAUGGCAGAUCGAAAGUCUGGGAUAUCUGGAGUGCUGUAUGCAACCAACUUCCGUAUGUCCUUCUUGACAAGAAACCCAAGUGCAGAAACGAAACUUAACUCUGUGUUUCAGUCAAAUCCUGAUUUAACUGAAGCUGGAGAAAUGUACUCAGAUAUGCAAAGAGAAAUGCACAUUCCACAAACUUGUAUAGAUGAGAUUUCUUAUUAUUCAAGUUCCACUGCAGAAGGAUCAAAAAUUAAGAAAGUGGUUCCUGGAUCACGCAUGUCUACUAAAGUUCAUUCCUUGGAAAUCCGUUGCAAGGACUUUAGAGUAGUAAGAUUUGGCUUAAAAUUUACUCCCAAAAAAGAUCAUCAAACCAUGGUGAAUGCAAUUUCCCAUUACAAGACACCAAGCUCCAUUGUUCUGUUGUUUGCGUUCCCCUACAGUAGAGCACAAAACUCUUUGGAAAAUGGCAAAACCAGGCUGAACACCAUUCCAACUUUUCGAUCUCUUCCUGAUUGGCUGAAUGAGUUGAGCAGGCUCCAGGUUGAUGACACAUGGCGAGUAGCAGCUGUCAACAAUAAAUUCCAGACAUGUCCAUCGUUGUCAGAGAUGUUUGUUGUACUUGCAUCCUUGUCAGAUUUGGACAUCAACAGGAUGUCACUUCAUUAUGUUGAUUCUCGUCUUCCAAUUUGGUGCUGGAGUCACCCUCGCACAGGAGUACCUAUGCUUUACAGUGGUGCAGGAAGACCAGAUAGUAUAUUUCUUGAGAAGGAAGAAACAUCCUUCUUCCAAGCAUUAUCAUUAAUUCCAAGCAACACUGAACACAAAGAGGUCAAGGUGAUUGAUACAACAAAGAUAUGUGCAACUACAAAAGACCUACAACAGAGCUUCCUCAAGGUCAGAGAGCUGUGUGUGUUGGAGACAAGCAAGGAGUUUUGGAGCAUUGAUCCUCAUUGGCUUUCAAGUCUGGAAACAUCAAGAUGGCUGAAUUAUGUACGGUUGUCCCUUGUUGCUGCUAUGAAUGUUGUGCGGUCAAUCUGUAAUGACCGGUCGCCAGUUAUUAUCAAGGAAACUGGGGGUCGUGAUUUUGCUGUGGUUGUAGCAAGUCUUGCUCAGCUCAUUUUGGAUCCAUAUUACAGAACAAUAAGAGGGUUCCAGACUCUUAUCCAGAAAAUGUGGGUGCUUGGAGGACAUCAGUUUCUCUUGCGCUGUAAUCACACCAUUCAGCCUACCCAGGAAAUUGACAAGGAAGAGUCCAGAGAGUCACCAGUGUUCCUUCAUUUUAUUGAUUGUGUGUAUCAACUCACUCAGCAGUUUCCAUCUGCAUUUGAAUUCUCUGAGACAUAUCUUCAUGCUCUUCUUGACACUGUACAUGCAUGCAUGUUUGACACAUUCUUGUUUGACUCUGAGAAGCAAAGAUCAGAGAUGUGUCAAGUGGAAUUAAAAGGAAACUCCAUGGCAUCCUUGUGGGAGUUUGUUGCAGAGCAGCUUGCUGAAUCAAGAAACUCAGGGCCUUAUCUUAAUCCACUGUUUGAGUACAGAAAUUAUUUGGAUGAAGAUGAAAAUGGAGUGAAUGAGGAGUCUGUUUACUUAAGAGUGAACACCCUUGCUCCAGGUAUAAAAUUCUGGUCGGGGCGUUACCUAAGAUGGCUCCCCACAGUUCACGUGAGCACAGGAAUGGGAGAGAACUCCUCAUUGCAAUUCCAGCAGAUGAUCCUUGUGAAUGAAUUAAGGGUGUUGCGGCAUCGUUUGGCUGUCAACAAGUAUGAGCAAACUCCUGAUGCAAACUCAAUUGAUGGACACAAAAUUCGUGGUCUGGACUCCACUGAUUUUGAAUUUAGCACUGAUUUUAGUUUGGACUUGGAAGCAAGCAAACUACUCACUUCUAGCAUGCCAUUUAUUGGAGAUCUGGCCCUAAGCAAGUAUUACACUGGAGAUUUGCCAUCAGCAAAUGGAUCUUCCAACAAUACAGUUGAUGUUGGAAAGUUUUGACUGUGUUAUUGUAUUGGUUGGAGUCAAGUUGGAAGCUUAGAUCAGCCAAGAAGAUCCUAUAACAGCACAGCUUUGGUGCGGCAGUGUAGAUGGUUCUUCAAGUGGUUGUUAAGGGAACUAUGUUUACAGAGAUGGCAAUGAAGUAAAUCUAGUGUUCUCCUUUUCAUGUGGUAACACAUGAAAUUUACCACUUGUAGUACCUCUUAUUACAGCCUAACAUCUUUUGGAAUUCUUUUAAAUUAAGCUGGUAAAAGGAUUGCUCUGCAGAUUUGAAAAUUGAUUUUACUUGUCAUACUUAAGAUAAGGGAGGACAGUGUAAAUGUAUCAGUUCACCAGAUAAAGGCACAUUUAUAAGUUACUGUCAAACUCAGAAAACCAUGUACACCAGAAAUGUGAUGACCGUUUCAAAGAAGGCCAAUAAAGUUUGGCUGUUUGAACUCUGAACUUGCAUGACAUGAUAUGGAGAGAAGUCAGCCACAACGCUCUCCUGAGUGCUCACCCACUCAAAUGUUAGAACUCAACACAGAA